AUGGAAGAGGCCGCGUCGAGUUGGGUCUGGUGGUGGUGGGUCAUCGCCUGCAUGAUGGGAUGGGGCGGCACGGCGCUGGUGCUGAUGGCCAUCGAGGACGAUGGCGCGGGCCACGGCGGCGGUGGAGGGGAGAGGAAGGCCGGCAAGGAGCGGCGCCAUCGCCCGGCGGCUGGGGGGUCGCGCCACGAGGCCGAGGCCCUGCUCGGGUGGGGCGACGGCUCCCUCGCCAUCUUCAGUGGCGUCGCCGCCGCCCUCGCCGACAUCGCCUUCUACCAGUUGGCGCGGUUGGGCGUGAGCGUGAGCGUGGCGGGUCCGGUGUCGGGCCUGUACCUGACGCUGCCGGCCGUGCUGGGGGUGCUGCUGCUGGGCGAGCCGCUGACGUGGGCCAAGGUGGUGGGCCUCCUGCUGGCCAUGGCCGCCAUCUACCUCCUCGGCUCCGACGGCGGCGAAGACGCGGGCAGCACGGCCGGCACCUGCGCCGCUGAAGUGGGCAGUGCCGUCGUCGGCCUCCUCUCCGCCCAACCGCACGACCAGCACGGCUCAGACGACGACCAACCGGCUUCAGGCGGGGAGUUGAUGGCGGAGUUAAUGGAGCAGGGCUCGUCAGGGGGCGGGAAGAAGGGCGCGGCGGCGACUUCGACGAAGGUGAUGCUGGCGGCUGAGCAGGCCGGGGAGGCGGUGUCGCCCGUGGCCGUGAAAACGCGCAGGCGGGUGGACAAGGCGGGCGCACGCACCUCGCUCACCAACGCUCUGGCCAACAGCCAGUCUUGA